GCGGCGCGGGGCUCUGACGCCUCCUGACGCCACAGCGCGGCCGGGCCCCGUUUUCCUCGAUCCCCCCCCCGCUUCCUCCCGUCCCGUCCCGUCCCGUCCCGCCCCGUCCCCCCGCAGCCAUGGCGCGGCCCGGGCCCGGCCGCCCGUCGCUGGGGCUGGGGCUGGCGCUGGGCGCCGCGGGGCUGGGGCUGGGGCUGGGCCUCGGCCUCGGCCUGCUCCGGCGGCGCCGCACGGGAGACGGCCGGGAUCCGGAGCAGGAUCCGGAGCGGGAUCGGGAUCACGAUCGGGAUCAGGACCGGGCUCGGGCUCGGCCCGGCGGGCUCGGCCCGGGCAGCGUGGAGGCCGUGGGGCGGCGGAGCCUGGCCCUGUCCAAAAUGCCAGUUCCUGUAGAGGCAGGAGAUGGUGCUGUGUACACACCUCUGCUGACACAGGACGAACAGGUGGAUGUUCUGGACCGCCUGGACUUCAUGUUGAGAAACAUUGCAGAGCUAAGGAAAGAAGUGGAGGAGCUACGAAACAGCCUACAGCACUUAGCUGGAGAAAUCGUUGGUGAAGUCAGGUGCCAUCUGGAAGAAACUCAGAGAGUGACACGCCGAAGGCGUUUUCCAUUCCAUAGGGAAAGAAGUGAUUCCACGGGGUCCAGUUCAAUUUAUUUCACAGCCAACUCGGGAACAGCUACCACAGAUGAUGGAGAAAGCGAAGGCGGGUACACCACAGCCAAUGCGGAGUCUGACUAUGACCGGGAGUCUGAGAGAGAGAGUGAAGAAGGGGAGGACGAAGUGAGCUGUGAAACAGUGAGAACAGUGCGCCGGGAUUCCCUGGAUCUUGUCAACGAGGAUGAAACACCUUUAAUCUUAGAUUCCUUGCUGGAGGAAGGACUGGGUCAGCUACUGCAGCAGGCUGACCGCUUGCAUAAUGGACAUGAGCAAGAGAAGAGAGAGGGAUUCCAGCUGCUUCUGAAUAAUAAACUGGCGUAUGCGGACCAGAGAGACUUUCUCUGGCGCCUGGCCCGAGCACAUAGCGAUAUGUACGAAAUCACAGACGACGCAGAUGAGAAGAAAACAUAUGCAUCUGAUGGGAAAGAAGAGCUGGAGAUCGCCUUUCAGAAAUGGGAUGAAAGUGCUGAGUGUCAUCAGUGGUACGCUAUUCUUUGCGGGCAGUUAGCAGAACAUGAGAGCAUUCAGAAGCGCAUUCAAACUGGGUAUGUUUUUAAGGAACACAUCGAUAAAGCAAUUGCACUGAAACCAGAGGAUCCAAAGUCGUACUAUCUUUUGGGCAGGUGGUGUUACCAGGUGUCCCAUCUGGGAUGGCUUGAAAAAAAGACUGCCUCUGCUUUGUUUGAAACCCCUCCUACAGCCACCGUACAGGAUGCACUGCAAAACUUCUUAAGGGUCGAGGAGCUGAGCCCAGGAUUUUCCAAAGCAGUAAGAGUAUACAUCGCCAAGUGUUACAAGGACCUGGGGAACAAUUCUGCAGCUCUUCUCUGGACAAAUCUUGCUUCAGAACUGCCAGUUAAUACAAAAGAGGAUGCAGAAAGUGAGAGAGAACUGGAGGAGAUGCGGUCAAUCUGGGAAGAAUAAGAAGAGAAGAGCUUGUUCCACUUGACACUGCACAGACAAUAAAUUUCCAGUUAAAGGGGUUUCACGAUCCUGACAAGUUUGAUUGCACUUCAUGGAUAAGCCACAGGAGUUUACAGGAAUAAACACUCAGCAGUCUCAUCAGCAUUUCCAGGAAAAGAUCUCGGUGGGAUUUAAUGAGAAAAUUUUGUAUGAUUUUCCUACUUACAGCACUGCAUAUGUUUGAUUUUAAAAUUCCUGAAAAAAAAAGUCAAAUUCCUAAAAAUAGAUAUAUACAUGUGUGAAUAUAUAUACACACACGUGUAUAUAUAUGUGUGUGUGUGUGUGACCUGAAUUUCAGGUCUGCUUGCUGAUAAACUCUCUCUACCAAUUCCUGGGGAAGUCUUCAGCAGAUAUAUAUUUUUUUCUCAUUGACUAUUUUCUCAUUUGCUUUGUAAAAUGUUUUAAUUUAAUCAGUUUAAAUAACUGGCUCCGUCUAUGUAUCACUGUGCUGUGUGUAUAAAUUUGAGAGCCCCUGUGCUCAGUGGGCAGUGUAGCACUGAUUUUUAUCAACUUGAUGCACUGGAGGCUGUGGGGUGUUCCCACUUCCCGCAGCCUGUUGGUUCAAGUGGGCACUGACGCUACGACUUAAGAAAAGGCCACUACAAAGAAAGGACUUAAAAUAAGUGAAUUGUCAGUCCUUUUGUCCUUGCUUUGAAAAAAAACUGACCAUGUCCAAAACACAUUCCUGUUGGUCCUUUCCAACUAUGCCUAAACUACCUUUACUGGAUUUCUGUUGAGGAGAAAUCAGCACUGCUCACUGCAGUGAGUAAAUGCCAAGGGACCAAGAUGCUGUCCUUCACAAGAAGAACUUACUUUUAACAGGUGCGUUGCUUUCAUCAGGGGAGUGAGUAAUAAGAUAUUAAACUGCUGGACUUUCUCCCAGUGACAUCACUCACAUGAGAGUGAAAACUUUGUGUGUCCCUCUAAACUAUGCUGCUGUUGCUGAGGUGUAACAACUUCACUGCUAUUUAAAAGCAGUUAUUUAAUGAUGAAACACUCGUUAUCGGAACAGGAAUAUUCUGUGGCAGAGCUGACACUUUGCUGUCAUGUACUUUCACCAGUCCUUGUUGACUAUUGCACUGGCACUGAGAAAAUGAAGCUGACAGCUGACAUUUUCUCUGACAGUUGCUAAGUACCAAACAGAGAGGGUAAACUGUGCUGUAUGCUGACAAAAAAGCUGAAGCAAAACCAAUUUCAAAAAUUGCCCAAAGAAUUUAGAAAGGCUUUCUUUGUCCCUUUAAAUUUCAGCUGGCAGCUAACUGGACACUUGUUUUUUUUUUAAUGUUUGUUACACGCUGUCGUGUUGUGCAAUGUUUGUGAAGAGUAAAAACAGUGUGAGUAAAACACUUCUUCAUCACCUUUUUAAUCCCUUGCACAUGUGUAUUAAACAGAUGGUUCUUUUAUUUUGUGAAAAUAAUGUUGAGAGGGAAACAUACAGUAGACGUGAGCUCAAAGACUUCCCAAGUUUGUAGACUUUACUCUUCUUACCCAUUUCUAUUUUGGUCCAAAUUUAAGUCUCUAAAAUUUUGAGGAUGAGCUCAUCUUAAAAGAUCCAGGCAAGGGUGCAAUUAGCUUUAUUUGCUUGGAGCUGUAUGAACUGAUGCUUAUAAAUGGAGAACUGAACUCUAACAGGCCAAAUUCGAGCACUGUAUCUCUGUGCAGAGCUCCCCUUGCGAUGGGUGGGUACUUGAGCCUUAAUUACAGGACUUGCUUUGCUUAAUGUGUGUUCUUUUCAUUAAUGUACGUUCUUCUUUUCAGUUCUUCAGUGGCAUGAUCAGGCUGACUUUUUUGAUUUAUGGGAAUCUGUCUCGUUUUGAGUAUUUCCCAGUGCACGACCUUAUUUUUUUCCCCUCUAAACACCCAGUCUUAAAUAUUUGCGUGAGCUUGUAAGCUGUUUUCUUUCUGGUUACUUAAACCAAGCUGGGAAAUACUCAACAGUGAUGUCUGAAAGAUGAUGAUCAGCAACUUCCUUCUUUCAUGUAGUGGUUUUUUUUUUCCUUUUUUUUUUUUUCUUUUUUUCUUUUUUUUCUUUUUUUCUGGGGAGAAAUAACAGCUCUGAAAACAGCCAUGCCAUUAGGUGUGCUCGUAUUGCCUUUCCCUGCCAGCAAGUCCUGGAGUGAUGUUAAUGUAGUAGGAAGAGUGUGAAAUGUAUGAGCGUGUGUAAUGUAUGUAGUAGGAAGAGUGUGAAAAGGAAAUAUUUGCAAUGCCAAAAGUCCAUGGCUUUCCUUAUUAGCAAACACUUUCAAGCCUUCACCUGCUUAUAUUUUGAUGAGUUUAAACUGUUAGCGGCAUCUUUUGAAUGAUGUGUUUUCUGGAGAUAGCUUUCACUUUGUUUCCAAAGAUUUAAAUCCUCCCUUUACAUAUGUAUAUAUAAAUAUAUAUAUAUUUAUUUUUAAUGUCUGUUUCCAAACAACAAGCAAUUGUAGGCUUGGGGAAGAAAUGCUGAUUUGUUUUUUCUUUUCAUGCUUUGGAUCCUGCGCUGGGUUACAUUUGAGUGUUUGAUGUGGAUGGAUCCCAUUUAUGUAGGUGAUGGCAUUAGUCCCCUUGGCUUUAAAAAGGGUAUGGAUGAAAAGAGAUGUUAGUUAGUUUUCCGGGUGCCUUACUGGGUGGAAGCACACCUUCAGCCAAGCAGCCUCUGUUAAAGGCCUGCAAGAAAGAGUGCUGUAAAAACAGAGCUUUGGGUUACAGUCAAAACAAAGCACGUUCAGAAACUAAUACCAAAGGCUUGUUUUUCUUACUGAUAGAAGCAGAAAUAAUUUUCUUCCUGGGGAGAGAAAAUACUUGGUGUAAUUGUGUAGGGCUUAUUGGGCUGUGACCUGAACCUUUUCUGUCUUUGCGUAAAAAUAACCUGCUUCCUCAGAGGAAAAGGUGGUAAUUAAAUUACGUUAAUUCUUCUCAGUUGGUGUUAAUUUUUGGAUCGUUUUACAUGAGUACAACCUUUCAGAUCUCAUUUAUUCUUCUAUUUUGGACAUUCUGUUUAAGCUUUCCAUGCAUCUGAUUGUCUGCUUUUGGCUUGAAAAGUUUUGGCUUAAAAAACAAGCUCUGGCAUUUUGCUUCCAUCUAUCUUUUGUGUGUGGUCUUGUCCCUUUCUUGCGGGUUCCGAAGUUUAGAGGUCUGUUGAUCUGGUUUUCAUAUAGGAAAGAUUUCCUCUGGAGGCAUGACUCCUGCCUGAAUAGCUGGGGUGGAGUUUAGUGUGUACCAUUAUAUGUUUUUUUAGUCUGCUAUAUCAGCUGGAACCUAAUUUAUGCAUCCAAGGCCAUGAUGAAAGACAACAGCAGAGCUCGCAGAUCCUUUCAAGUGCAGAUAAAAGCUGCCUUUUGCUCUUUUCAGUCUGAUCUGCAGGAAGUUAUGACAUAGUCAAAUGAACCUUUUUCUUUUUGGUUUUCCCUUUUCCUGGCUUGCUAGGAAUGAGAAGAAUGUGAGUAAUUAACAUAAUUUAGUUCUAGUAGCAUAACAUGGUUGAUGUGGGGAUAAGACAAGGUCGUGUAACUAAAAUGCUUCCCACUCAGCAAUGCUUGGGGUUUUUAAAAAUCUUUUAGCAAUAGAAUUUGCAGUCUUCUGUUAGACUCCUGCUGUGUCGUAUAUUGGCGAGGAUGGCAGUGAGGGAAGCUGUUCUCCUGUUCGCAAGGGGAAGGCGCUUCUGUAGCUUUCAGACAACACAGAAAUAGUCACUUUUUCAUUUUUGCGCAUCCUUUGCAGACUAAUCCCAGAGCACAAUGUGAAUUUCUUGAAGAUGCCUGCACCGAAUACAUAGUGGGACCACCAAUUAGGUUUGCCUAGUGCAAAGUGGGUAGAGAGACUCUAGAUGUUCUUCUAGACUUAUUGCAGGGCAAGUUUCUUGGAGCUAGUCUUGUCUUACCUUCAAAAUAUACCUACCUGUGGUUCAAUUACGAUACUAAAGAAUAACUGAAGCUAUUUAAUUAAUUUAUCCUCACUGUGCUGCUCUGUUGGAAAUAAAGUAUUUAUAAAUCAGGGGGAAAUGAUCUCGUGUAAAGUCACCUGUGUUGCUGUCUUGCUUUUUAUGUUGUUACUUACAGAGGUGAAGAAACCCAACACCCAGGAGGAGGUCUUCUAUACAACAUCAUCGUAUCUGUAUGCAUGGUGGGUGUGCCAAAUACAGCAGGAAAUUAUGGGAGAGUAACAUGUAACAUUACUGUUUAUACAUUGCUGUUAAUAUAUAUAUAUAUAUAAUAAUGUGGGUUACACCCGUAGCACAUUUUGUACAUAAGUACAAUGACUACUGCUUACGUUUUUAAAAUGCACCAAAGUAAUACAGCCACACGUUGUGGUAAAUGAUGUACUCCAAGUGAAAUUGUUCUUAAAUAAACAUAUGUUGGUUGUGACAGGG